GGCGGGGGAGCCCCUUUCUGAGCAGCAUCACCGCCUCGCCUCGCCUCGCCUCGCUCAAAGGGACACACAGGAGAGAAAUGCAAAGGGAUGUAAGAUGGCAGAGCUACAAAUGCUAUUAGAGGAGGAAAUCCCUGCCGGCAAAAGAGCGCUGGUGGAAAGCUACCAGAACCUGUCGCGGGUGGCGGAAUACUGUGAAAACAAUUAUGUUCAGGCUCAAGACAAGAAGAAGGCCCUGGAGGAGACCAAAGCCUACACCACCCAGUCUCUGGCCAGCGUGGCCUACCAGAUUAAUGCCUUAGCAAACAAUGUGCUGCAGCUGCUGGACAUCCAGGCCUCGCAACUGCGACGCAUGGAGUCCUCCAUCAACCACAUCUCCCAGACGGUGGACAUUCAUAAGGAGAAGGUGGCCCGUCGAGAAAUUGGCAUCCUGACCACAAAUAAGAACACCUCUCGCACCCACAAGAUCAUCGCCCCGGGCAACAUGGAGCGGCCGGUGCGCUACAUCCGAAAACCCAUCGACUACACGCUGCUGGACGAUGUGGGACACGGCGUCAAGCAACAUGGGAACAAUGCGGCAGGCCGAGGUGGGACCAUUUCCAGGACCAACCCGCCCACACAGAAACCUCCAAGUCCCCCCAUGGCUGGUCGUGGGACCCUGGGCCGUAACACUCCCUACAAGACACUGGAGCCCGUGAAGCCUCCGGUGGUGCCCAACGACUACAUGACGAGCCCGGCCCGACUGGGCAGCCAGCACAGCCCUGCACGCACAGCUUCACUCAACCAGAGGCCCAGGACACACAGCGGCAGCAGUGGUGGGAGCGGUGGCAGGGAGAACAGUGGAGGCAGUGGCGUCGGUGUCCCUCUCGCAGUUCCCACCCCUUCUCCUCCCAGUAUGGGCCAAGUGGCGACAUCGUCGGCCUCGGUGCCUCAGGGCCCCGGCCUGGGUCCCAUCCCCAUGUCCCAGUUCGGCACCAUCUCCCGCCAGAUCUCCCGUCACAACUCCUCCACCACCUCCUCAGCUUCCAUGGUGUCGGCUACCGGCACCUACCGCCGUGCACCUUCCGUCUCCUCCCAGCAGCCCCACAUCAACGGGGGCCCGGCAUACCCUCAGAACGCAGUGUCUGUGGCUCCUCCGCCUCCUCCUCCAAUGGUCCAGCUGACCCCACAGAUCCCUCUGACCGGCUUUGUGGCCAGAAUGCAGGAGAGCAUAACAGACAGCCCUGCUCCCCCUCCUCCGCCUCCCCCAGAGGACAUGGGUGUGUUUGAGGAGCCUGCUCCCCCUCCUCCCCCUCCCCCGGUGGACUACGAGGAAGAGGAGGCCGCUGUGGUUCACUACAGCGAUCCAUACGCUGAUGGAGACCCCCACUGGGCCCCCAAGGCUUACUUAGAGAAAGUUGUGGCCAUCUACGACUACACCAAGGACAAGGAGGAUGAGCUCUCCUUCAUGGAGGGCGCCAUCAUCUACAUCAUCAAGAAGAACGAUGACGGCUGGUUCGAAGGGGUCUGCAACGGCGUCACCGGACUCUUCCCCGGAAACUACGUGGAGUCCAUCAUGCACUAUGCUGACUAAGAAGAAAACAAAAUCCCACCCGUAAUGGCACUGCAGUUUUUGAACAGAGGCAAAACCGUGAAGAUGUACAGACGUAUGCAGUGCAGCGAUAGCAGUUCAUACAACUCCCGUUUUGAAUGAAGUGCCAUGGUGAAUUAUUACUGGUUUUCUUUUAGGGGCGGGGGGGCGGGUGGGGGGCUUGUGCUUGCACGGUUUUGGUCUGCUUCAAAAAAAAAAACAAAAAAAGAAGAAAAAAACAGAUGAAGUGUCGCACAAAGAAGGAGGCUGUCGAAGCUUUGCAAGGCCGAGGUCUGUUAGUUUACAACGGGGACGAACGGGAGGAGAUUAAGGCCUUUCUUUCUACUACUGUUUGGCGCAUCCUCAAACAAUCACAUUUUGCCUCCCGAGCAAUCACAUGCAAUCAGAGAGUACAAAGUGAAUCCGUGUUAAUUUGUGUAAAUGCAAACCAAAACGGACAGUGUUUCCCAGAAUGCAGUAGAUCCACACAGUGAAACGAUGAAGCUCCUCCCCUUUAAUUUGACCCGUAGACCAUCAGACCAACUCUUCCCUCCUUUCAAAAAAAAAACAUCCAUCUCACUUUAUCCAAACAUCAACAAGUGCAUUAGGACACGACUGAAUGUUCCAUGCUGUCGAUGUCCCGAUCACGAGAUGUUUCAACAGAAGAGGGGGAGGAAAAAGGCAACCUGGAGUGUUCGCCACGCUCGGUGUCGGUGGGGAUGAAGUGAGUGUAUAAAAACGCAUUACAAAAAAAAAACAAAAAACAAGACAACAGUUUCUUCUUUCUGGUGGAGUUUCUUUCUGUUCUCUAACUUGUAUAUAAACUGUAACGUGAGAAGCUGCCAGUUCAGUACAUUUGUCAGUGUGUUUCACCAGUGUUUCCAUCGGCGUCAGUGGGGGUGGUGCCAAGAUUGUUUUUUUUUUGUUUGUUUAUUUUUUUUUUACUUGAAUAUUAAUUUGAACUCAUCACUCACAGUGCCAUUUUACCUGGUUGUGUAUAAACAUUUAUUUUUCUAUGUUCAUCAUUUGGAUCACUGUGUUCGGUGACGCUGUCCAGCUACUGUAGCAGAGCUCCGAGGUGUCGCGCUGCUUCGAAACGAGGAAGCAGAGGAAGGACUAACUAGUGUGUUUUCAUGUGGUUUUUUUCCUUUUAUUUUUCUCUGUGUGCGUGUGUGUGUGUGUGUGUGUGUGUGUGCGUGUGUGUGUUAUAGCUGCACUGAUUAUUAUCAACAACUGUGAUGACUUUUUGAUUUCCGUCACGGCUUCGAUCUCGCGACCCGAGAGUUGCCGCCUGAGAAACUUAACCUUUAGAAAUCUUUCAGUGGUUGCUGGUGUGGUGCUUUACAUUGGUGCUCGAAAACCAUAAUCACCAACCCAAACAACCUCAAGUUACAAGACUGCUCUGCGAAGGUCUUUUAUUCCGGAAGGUUGAUCGUUUUGAUUGUAAUCUUCGUCAAUCACUUCUGCAUCGUGGUGAAUGUAGGCGACUCAGCAGUAAUGUACUCCAGCUAGAAUCAGUUCGCUGUUCCUUUUUUUUGUGUGUUUAGAGUCUGUGCUACACACGAAUGACUCCUGCUAACUGCAGCGAAGGAAUGAAUUUCAAUCCGUAGGUCUUAAAAAAAAAAAGCUAACGAUUUCUACUUUAACAAUAAGAUGCCUGCUCUUAAUGAAGUGAUUGUUGGUGCAAGUAAAAAAAAAAUAUCUCUCAGAAUACACGUUUGUAACACAUGAACAUAGUGCUUCGGAAACAACGGGCAUUGACGUUUUAUUUGGAAAGGGGAUCUAGAGGUCACAUCUUCAGGUUCGUUCAACAGUAUUCGUUCAGCCGCCGCUGUGCACGAAACCAUCCAGACAGUCGUUACAGUGAAUGAUUUGCCACUACAUCCCAUUCUUGAUUGUAUUUUUUCCAUCAUGAGGUGAUUUUUUUUUUUUUUGUGAGAGAAAAACGACUUUUUCUACCUAAUGUAUUUCUAGCUUUGCAUUCUUUUUAUGUCUGAGACUGCUGAGGAAGGCUCGCUAGCAGUUUGUAUGUAAAAGGAUUUAUUUAUACUUUUUUCAUAGUGAAAAUCAUGAGACGACGACCACUGACGCGCAGAACUUUGUAAUGUUUACCACUUUAACGUCUAGCAUUUCAGGGCAUCACAGGUCAAGGCGCCUUUCUUUGAUGUGUGUUUUCUUAUGAUCAAAUGGAAAUGAAAAAGAAACAAAAAGAAAAAAAAAACAUCUGUAACUUAAAUGUUCAUGGGAACAGAACCUGAUAUUUGUCUUCUCCUCUCAGUUUGUACAUAGGAUGUGUUCAUUGAAAUUUAUGUACAGUCUUUUUGUAAUAAACAGCUCAUUGAAACACAUGA